UUCUUUCUCUAUCUUCUCUGCAACAAUGCUACUUUCUCUCUCUACAAUUUGGGCUCCAUCAACACUUUCCCGCCUAAACUUUCUCCCCAAACCUUCGCUUUUCACUGCACUCACCACUUUCCGCAGAAACCAAUUUCUACCCAAAUGCUCGUCCGCUCUCAACCCGGCCUCGAAACGCGACGGCAAUUUUGUCGUUUUGGGCAUCGAAACAAGCUGCGACGACACCGCUGCAGCUGUCGUGAGAAGCAACGGUGAAAUUCUGAGCCAAGUGGUGUCUUCUCAGGCAGAUCUACUUGCAAAAUAUGGGGGUGUUGCUCCAAAAAAGGCAGAAGAAGCUCACUUGCAAGUGAUAGACCAGGUUGUGCAAGAGGCUCUUGAUAAAGCUGAUAUGACUGAGAAGGAUCUCACUGCAGUUGCUGUCACCAUAGGUCCUGGUUUAAGUCUCUGCCUUCGUGUGGGGGUGCAGAAAGCUCGUAGAAUUGCUGGGGGCUUCAAUUUACCAAUUAUUGGCGUACAUCACAUGGAGGCUCAUGCUCUAGUGGCCAGGUUAAUUGAGAAAGAUUUGCAGUUUCCUUUCAUGGCCCUACUUAUUUCAGGUGGACACAAUCUACUUAUUCUUGCACGUGAUCUUGGGCAAUACAUACAACUUGGAACUACAAUAGACGAUGCCAUUGGUGAGGCAUAUGACAAGACAGCAAAAUGGCUUGGACUUGAUAUGAGGAGAAGUGGUGGUCCUGCUAUAGAGGAGCUUGCUAGGGAGGGUAAUGCUGAAUCAGUCAAUUUUUCUAUUCCGAUGAAGCAGCACAAAGAUUGCAACUUCUCCUAUGCUGGUCUAAAAACCCAAGUACGGCUGGCAAUUGAGUCAAAAAAGAUUGAUGCCAAAAUUCCUAUUUCUCCUGCUUGUACUGAAGACCGAUUGUCACGGGCUGAUAUUGCUGCUUCUUUUCAGCGAGUUGCAGUGUUACAUCUUGAGGAAAGGUGUGAACGAGCAAUACAGUGGGCAUUGAAGAUGGAGCCUUCUAUAAGAUACUUGGUUGUCUCUGGUGGUGUUGCAUCAAACCAAUAUGUUCGAGCUCAGCUUGAUAUGGUUGUGAAGAAGAACGGCCUGCAACUUGUAUGCCCUCCUCCCCGGCUUUGUACUGAUAAUGGUGUAAUGAUUGCUUGGACUGGUAUUGAGCAUUUCCGGAUGGGAAGAUAUGAUCCUCCUCCCCCUGCGGAAGAGCCAGAAGAUUUUGUGCAUGAUUUACGCCCAAGGUGGCCACUGGGGGAAGAAUACGCUGAAGGAAAAAGUGAAGCACGCUCCUUAAAAACAGCUCGUGUCCAUCCUUCUCUUACAUCUCUCAUUCAAGCAUCAUUGCAAAAGUGAGGAAUGAACUUUCAUGUUGCUUCAUUUUGGUUUAUGAAGUUGUGCAGGACAAGCCUCUUUUUGGACUUGUCUCUGAUCAACAUGAUCGAAUUUUCUAUAGCACAUGAAAAAUUGUCCAAGUUUGGUGCUUGGUUAGGGAAACUGGGCAUUGGCAUCACGCAGUAUCACGAGAAAAUCCAGCAAAGCAUUGUCAUUCCAAGGAGAAAUCUUAUGGUUGAUAGAAUUGAAAAUAGGAGUGGGAUGAGAAGAGAUGUAAAUUGUCUUUUGGUAUUACCAAAAUUUUACUACUUCUAGGGAAACGAAGUUGCAAACUUCUAUUUCUGUGCCUUAUUCUUUAGGCGAUCUGUAAAUUUAGUGGUUAAGGGUUUUUUUUUUCUUUUUCAUUUUUAUUCGAAUCCGCUUGUAUAUAUUUAGAUUGUGAUGGUUUACCGUUGAUGACGUUCGUUAAAAUUCUAUCCACUACUUAAGAAUUAAACCCAAUUUAUGUGUUUGUGUUGGAUCAAUUGAUAU